AUGCAGACUGCUUCUACAAACAUUUGUGAAAGAAUGUGUCGCUGUCAGGAGCUCAGUGAAUUCAAGCAUGGUACCAUGUUAGGUUGCCACCUGUGCAAUAAGUCCAUCCGUGAUAUUUCCUUGCUACUAAAUAUUCCACAGUCAACUGUUAGUGGUAUUAUAACAAAGUGGAAGCAACUGGGAACGACAGCAACUCAGCCACAAAGUGCGGGGUCAGCGCAUGUUGAAGUGCGUAGAAGUCUCCAACUAUCUGCAGAGUCAAUAGCUAAAGACCUCCAAACGUCAUGUGGCCUUCAGGUUAGCACAACAGUGUGUAGAGAGCUUCAUGGAAUGGGUUUUCAUGGC